AUGGUCUUGCAUGACACUCAAUGGGCCAACAAUUACCAGCUAUUCCUUGAGGACUCAUCCACAAUCAGAAGUGCCAGCCCAGUCGAGAAACAGUAUUUCUUUGCAUCUUAUAGUACCCAUAUCGCGCCAAAUUUGCGAUCCCUUGAAGCCAACUUUUGGAUCUGGACCAAUGUCUUGGCCGCCAUCCAUCCUCCCCCAGGAACAACGGUUCACCUCCACGUCAUUGAAGCACACCGAGGGGACUACGAUACCGAGUAUCUGUUCGUAGAUACUUGCAUUCGUCUCGUUGGUGCAGGUCUUGUCUGGCACUACCUUGAACCAGUCCACGAGGACAGAAAUUAUCGAGCAAUCCUGCUAUUCCGAGGAACAUCUCUAAACCCGGCCACAUAUCGAACUUCAAAUGGAUCGCUUGACAGGGAACCCAUGGGUGCAUGGGCGGACGGUAAUCUGUUUGGUGUAGCAGGAUGA